GUUUCUGAGAGGCACUGGGCAUUUCAUCUUACCUAUAACUACUGUAAAGAACGACAGCCCCGCUACUAUCGCUCAUUUCGUGUGCGAAGGAACCCUGCUUUUCCUUUCUCCCGGGCCCUGGGCCCCGGGGAUAUCAGAGCUUGCAGAAUGACAGGCCAUGAAAACCCUUUCGAGCACUUGGAUAAACACAUAGAACAGCUGCUCCGGUGCGAGCCGCUCCCUGAGGCCGACGUGAAGGCUCUCUGCGAGAAAGCUAAAGAGAUCCUUGCGGAGGAGUCCAAUGUGCAGCCUGUGCGGUGCCCUGUGACCGUCUGCGGAGACAUCCAUGGCCAGUUCAACGACCUGCUGGAGCUAUUCCGCAUCGGCGGUGACAGCCCCAACACGAACUACCUCUUCAUGGGCGACUACGUCGACCGAGGCUACCACAGCGUGGAGACGGUGUCGCUGCUGGUGGCCUUGAAAGUCCGCUUCCGGGACCGCAUCACCAUUUUAAGAGGAAACCACGAAAGCCGACAAAUUACGCAAGUGUACGGCUUCUAUGACGAGUGCCUGCGGAAGUACGGCAGCGCGGAUGUGUGGAAGGCCUUCACGGACCUGUUCGACUACCUGCCGCUGACCGGCCUGGUGGAGAACAAGAUCUUCUGCCUGCACGGCGGCCUGUCGCCCACGCUGGAGGCACUGGAUCACAUCCGCGCACUGGACCGCAUCCAGGAGGUGCCACACGAGGGCCCCAUGUGCGACCUGUUGUGGUCCGACCCUGACGACCGCGGCGGCUGGGGCAUCUCGCCCCGCGGCGCCGGCUACACGUUCGGUGCAGACAUCAGCGCCGCCUACAACCACUCGAACGGCCUGGACCUCAUCUCGCGCGCGCACCAGCUGGUGAUGGAGGGCUACAAUUGGAGCCACGAGCAGGCGGUGGUCACCAUCUUCUCCGCGCCUAACUACUGCUACCGCUGCGGCAACCUGGCUGCCAUCAUGGAGGUCAGUGACGACAUGAGCCGGACCUUCCAGAAAUUUGAGCCCGCGCCGCGGCGAGGAGAGCCCGAGACGGCCUUCCGCGCUGGGGGCACAACACCCGACUACUUCUUGUAACACCGGCUUGUCGGAGCCGGAAGAGUUGCAACGUUAGCUUACGGCAGCACCCUCACCGUCAGUUCCAGGAGUCCGACAUCAGACUGGCGGCGGUGCAUGCGCACUACGCAUGGUGGUUCCAUACACACCAUAGUUGUGUGCGGGUGGGUUGGUGUUCGGUUAUAAGGCGGUGCGCACGACCUGGCGUGCAGUCCUGUCUUGGUAGGCGCCUCGUCAAUGUUGAUAAGGAUAGGCCAUGUCAGGGACCACCAUGGUGUGCUGGUUGCGGAGAGCGCUGAAUGCUUGGUGACGGCACGUUGCUAUGCCCUGGAAUGCUGUGGAAGACAGCACGCUAGAGUCACAGGAAAGGAAGGUGCUGUGCCGACAAGACGCAAGCGCGCACCUGGUGCAAGGGUACGCACCGGGCACGAGAAGUCGUCCGUUCGAGUGCUUGUCCGUGCUGGGUAUGCCAGCUGCUGUGGAUUAUUCAUGUGGCAACGAUGCUCCAUAUGCUUGUAAGGGUAUGUGACU